AUGGCUUCAUCUUUUUUUAUUAAGGUAGUGGUUGGAUUCAAAUCCAAUCCAAGACAAUUUUGUGUUGACGCAGCAACCACGGCAACCGCACACGGGCUCGCCGCGCAAGCUCCGGUUUGGUCGCGCGAAAGUAUUUACGCACAAGCGCGCGAGUAUGGAUCGGGAAGAUUUCGAACCGCACGCCGGGGUGAAAAGAAGCACGUGGCGUCGACACCAUCCGCUUCUCAAACUCUGAAAUCACCUGCAACAGUGUAUGCAAAUACGCCGAUACCUUACUCGGUUGUCGUAGUGUCGUUACUGGUCGUUUUGAUUGCUUUACUUUACGAAGUGCGCCAGUUAUGCUUAAAUAAUAACAUUCUGCUCGCAUCUCUCAAUGCAACGACGAAAACAACCGAUGAAUUCAAGCCCAUCGUCUGGGUGUAUAGUAAAGGUUCAGAUCAAAGCCACUUGCGACACGUCAUUGAAUCAUUCCGUCGGUACGGAUACCGGCUCGGGGAACGCGCGGACCGGUGGUCCGUGCUUUGGUCGCACGAUUACCCGUUCACGGAACUAGCCAGUGACAUGCGCGAAUUGAAGCCCGGCCAGGUCGUAAACCACUUCCCGGGUUCGGGUUACAUCACCAACAAAGCCAGUCUCUCCACGGAUAGGUCUAUCCGAGAGCUGCCUCUAACGUUCAGACUCCCGGCACAGAAGGAAGAGUUCUUGCGGAACGUUGAAGAGCGACCUUCUGCCAUGUGGGUACAGAAAAAUCGAGACCAUCGAGGUAUACACGUGGUCGAUCCCGUCGAAGUGGCAGCUGCAGCAGACGAAGAAGAGACGUUCGUUCAAGAGCUGAUCGCCAACCCGCUGCUUGUCGACGGCAAGAAGUUCGACAUCGGCGUCUACGUAGCCAUGACAUCUCUGGAGCCCCUGCGUGUGUACGUGUACACAGGCGACGUGCUGCUGCGCUUCUGCGCGCGUCCGUACAACGCACUUCAGUUCAACGCCUCCGACUUGGACUCCUACGUGGUCGGCGACGACUACACGCCUAUCUGGGAUAUUCCUUCGCUGGCCCGCUACUACGCUGGCGCACAGCUCAGCAUGAAGGCCAGCCUGGACGUUUACCUGCGCACGCAACUAGGCGCAGCGAGUGAUGCCCUGUGGGCCGAAGUGGAGCGGAUCGUGGCAUCGGUGUACACCCGCAAGGCCGAGGCCAUGCGGAGAUCGGCAGCACGCUGGCCUCGCGUGGGCCGCUUCUUCGAGCUCGUGCGAUUCGACUUUGUGCUGGACGACGCACUGGGCGUGCACCUUCUCGAGGCGAACAUGUCGCCCAACCUGAGCUCGGCCCACUUUGCUGCCAACGGUCCCUUCUACGAGCAGCUCCUCUUCAGCCUUUUCAGCCUGGUGGGACUCGGGACGUCGCACUCGGCCGACGCUUGGAGAUUCCUGGACCGGGCCACGUCGGUGCUACCGUCUGACUGCCCGGUGCAGCCGGAGCAGCACCGGUGCGAGCAGCCCGCGUCGCUCUGCGCUGCCAGCUGCCUGUCGACGGCCCACAAGCAGGCGUUCAGGGAGGCUCUCUGGGAGCACCUGCACAGGAAGCAGUUCGCAAGGCUUGUGCCGAGUCCCGACGCCAGCGUCGAGCCGGAGGCCAAUAUGACCGAAGCGGACCGAAUCAUGGCGCAGUGGUUCGCCGCAAAGUGCACACAGGACACGGAAUGGUGCCGCUGAAGAAUGACUGCUUAGUCGCCAGGGCGCUGUUGGCGUCGCGAUCGACCGGCGGCGUCACGCUUAUUCCCAGGGUCACAGCAAGGCAAACGAACACGCCCUGCCAUGGUUGUGUCACAGAAGGGGCUGGUAUACAGUCGAAACCGCAUAUAUCGAAAUCGCUAGAAAACUGGAAUGAGAUAUAUCGUAUAAUUUGAUAUAAAGCUUUUAAAGAGGUUUGCCUAUUUUCAGUGCGAAUUUCGGUGCGCAAAUUGGCUUCACUGAACUGCUUCGCGAUAGUGCAAGGAAGGCGGCUUAGAGCAGCACACGUGUAUUUUUUUCCCCUAUAUCUGCGCCCUUUGUAGUUGGCGGUGGUUAUAUGCAGAGGCGGGUAGUAGCAGAGAAAAUGCGGUAUCGAUAUGGCCCUCCUAAUCACACCGCUCAUUCUCCCAAAUGCACGCAGGAGUGUCCCCUUCUGUGAUAAAAAGCCAACUUCUUGUGAGGGAAAGCCAACUUCUUGGGGCGUUCCGCACUGCCCGAUGUUCGAUAUAUCAAGUGUUCGGGCUAUUUUUGCUCGAUGUAGCUGUAAAUUUUCCUAUGCGUUGACGUAAAAACAUUGCGACGUUCGAAAAUAGUUCAAUAUAAAGGAUGAUGUGAUUUAGCCGAGUUCGGCAGAGUCGGGUUUGCCUGUAGUAAUGUAACUGUACAAACAAUGCCAGCUUCUUAUAAAGCGAAAGAGUGUUGUUAAACGCUUGCACUACAGACAAAAACUCGUCAACAAGCGCGAGGGCGGUUGCGCCACUGGACAUGUCGCAGCUCAGUUUCAUCCGUUGCGGUAAGCUGUCGUGCUAGUAUAACUUGUAAACACGGCUUCACGGCGGAAUGCCAGAUCAGGGUAAAAUAGACAAGACAAACAAUGAACCACACUACGGUACUGACGCCGCGCCGAGUUAUCCUCAUAGCCUAUCGCAUCACGCCUAUAGAGUCGCAGGAAAACUUCUACAGCGAUUGCAAUUAUGGCAAGCUACAAUGUACGAGAUAAACCGGCAACGCAUUAUGUCAGCGCCCUUCGUUUCAGGGUAACUGUGCGCAGAGGCCUGCGUUCGAAAACAAUAAUGCAACACGAAAUUUUGUGCGUUAGUAGCAGAGGGUAAGCGUUAGAUUGACAUCCUCCCCCCAAAAAGCAGACGACAAUAAAAAUAAAGUACGAGUGG